AUGGCGUCCAUUCRGCAGCUCCUUCCCAGGGCCACACGCACGGCAAAUCGCAGCUGCCUAAGUCAUGGCGCGACAGCGACGACGAGACAGCAGAGAGCAUACAGCAUUCAAGCUCCCGACGCGAGCGAUCCAGCGCUGAGCAGAGUCGAUGCCUCUAAGCUCAGCAUCACCAAGACCACCACGCCAAAGGCCAUCACGCCCAAUGAUGAGCUGGUCUUUGGCCGCACAUUCACCGACCACAUGAUGUCGCUGGAGUGGACUGCAACAGAGGGUUGGCUGGCCCCACGGAUAAUGCCAUACCAGAACCUGUCGCUGGAUCCUGCGACGUGCGUAUUUCACUAUGCGUUUGAGGCAUUCGAAGGCACCAAGGCGUACAAGGACAAGCAUGGCGGUGUGAGGUUAUUCCGCCCGGACAAGWACAUGGCGCGUCUCAACAAGAGUGUAGCGCGGAUAGCAUUGCCCACGUUCGACGGCAGUGCGGUGAUUGAGCUGCUGAAGCAGUACGUGAAGCUGGAGGAGCGCUUCAUUCCAUCGGGACGCGGCUACAGCUUGUACAUCAGACCGAACAUGAUUGGCACCCAACGGACACUGGGAGUURGACCGCCAGGUAGUGCUAUGCUCUACGUGAUUGCAUCGCCAGUCGGCCCUUACUACCCAACUGGCUUCAAAGCCAUCUCCCUCGAGGCCACGGACUACGCCGUCAGAGCUUGGCCCGGCGGUGUCGGUGCGAGCAAGCUGGGCGCCAACUACGCUCCCUGCAUUGUUCCCCAAAUGCAAGCUGCAUCUCGCGGCUUCCACCAAAACCUAUGGCUCUUCCAGGAAGUCGAUCCUGCGACUGGCAAAGUGGAGGACUUCGUGACUGAGGUCGGCACCAUGAACUUGUUCGCUUGCAUCGUCAACAAGGAGGGUCAGAAGGAGCUCAUGACCGCUCCACUUGAUGGAACUAUCUUGGACGGCGUUGUGCGUGAUUCCGUCCUCACACUCGCGCGCGAGAGAAUGGGACCUCAAGGCUGGAAGGUGUCUGAGCGGAGAUUUGCCAUGAGCGAGCUCGUUGAGGCUGCGGGUGAGGGUCGCUUACUGGAGGUAUUUGGCUCUGGUACUGCGGCCACCGUUUCACCCAUCAGAUCGAUCUCUUACAAGGGUAAGCUGAUCGACUGUGGCCUGCCCGAGAACAGCGAGGUCGGACCCGUGACUUUGCAGAUGAAGGACUGGAUYGAGGGUAUCCAGUAUGGAGAUGAGGAACACGAGUGGAGUGUGAAGCUAUAG